CUCGCGGUCCUCCUGCUCGCGGCCGGGCUCUUCUUUACCCUGGCGGCCGUCGUCGGGAUCCUCCGCCUUCCCGACUUCUUCACUCGUCUGCACGCCAUCGGGAAAUGCGACACCGCCGGACUCUCGCUCAGCCUCCUGGGGCUCGCCCUGCUGGCGCGGGAUCCCGCGGUGACCGUCAAGCUGGCGCUCGUCCUGAUCCUGGUAGCGGUGGCCAACCCGACGGCAACGCACGCCCUGGCCCGGGCGGCCAGGAGGAGCGGCGUUCCCGUGUGGCGCGCGGAUGAAGCGGGAGAUCCGCCCGGAGAGCGAUGA